CUCGACUUAUGGGCACUUGCGGCGGCCGCCGUGGGUGGUCAAGGUGGCAUAGCACUGGCACUUGUCGUAGUUGCCGGCGGUUCCCGGCGGAACGCAGCUGCAUCGCCGGCAACAUGUCCCACAAGCCCUGUGGCAUAGGUUUGGCCUGCUCGAUAGCUGGCACCUAGCUUUGCAAGCACUCCCACAAUCUGAAAACCACCAUAAACAUCACUUGGUUAUGAUGAGUUUCGAAU